AUGGCGCCUCAGGUCGACAAACGCCAACCUCGGGUGCCUCUGAGCUGCGAAAACUGUCGGAAACGAAAAAUCAAAUGUUCGGGCGAAAGACCCUUUUGUGACACAUGCGCCCGUCGUGGCUUCAGCCAUACCUGCUUCUAUCUGCGCCAAAAUGUGCAAAUCCCUGCAGGGACCAGCUCCGAUGAGGUGCUCCAAAGAGUGAGAAGAGUCGAAAAUCUCCUUGAGAGACAAGUCUACCUCCUCGAGCAGCGGCUUGAACCUUCACCAAAAUCGAAUUCGUCCAACCAAGAUACAUUGUCCCAACAUCAAUCGUCGUCCGUGAACUCAUCGCCCUGGACCGAGAUCGAGGCGACUCCUUCUGAGACUGCUCCGGCAACAAAUGUCGGUACGAUCCUGGUAUCCGAGGAAGGUUAUGAAAGAUUCAUUCCCGGGCUCGCUUCUUCAGACGCCGAGUCGGUCAAUGAACUGAUUCAAUCUGCUUCUGCUCCACCAAUGUCAUCGAGCUUCCCCUUCUCCGCCGAGGCACUCGCCGCGCGAAGAGCGCUUUUGGACACCCUACCUCCUGGACGACAGUGUGACGAACUGAAGGAUAUAUUCUUCGAAGUGUUCUCGCCGCUCUUUCACAUACUCCAUGACCCAUCAUUCCACGCCGAGUACGCCGACUUUCGCCAAUACCGAGGAGAUGUGUCCCUCUCGUUUCUUGCCCUGGUGUUCGUGAUUCUCUCCAUCUCUGUUACUGCACUGGACUCGGAUCAUCCACUGCUCGCAGACCUCGGAAUGGAAGCGACGGCGUCAGCAAAUAUCAAAAGCUUAGCGACAAAAUACCGAGCCGCCGCCAUGGGAUGCCUCUCAGCAGACCAUUUUAUGUGGCGACACAACUUGCAGACUGUGCAAGCUUUGGUCCUUUUGAUAUACGCACUUUCACAUGCUCAUGGCCCUUCAUGGGCCUUGUUGGGGGCUACCUUCAACAUUUGCGUAUCGAUCGGUUGCCACAUCGACCCGUCUCAACUGAACCUAGAUCCUGUGAGAAGUGAACAGCGACGCCGGUGUUGGGCUGGCCUCAUGUUACUGUAUACCAUUCAAAACACUUGUCUGGGGAACAUUGCCCCGAUGAAGGUCAUAGCCAACGUCCGUCUUCCUGCCGACGUGGACGAUGACCACAUCACCAUGUAUGACAAUCCGCUGUUGCACACAGAUGAAACCCAACCCAAACCCCUGAGCAAAAUGUCGUACAUCCUCUUCAAAUUCAAACUAUAUCGGCUGGCGUCCGAUAUAACAAACUUCACCCGGGAAAACGGGAAGUUGAGCGGCCUAUUCGAGCUCGACGCAAAGAUCUCGAGGGAGGAGCACGAACACGACGCACGGUUCGCCGACCCUCAGCGGCUUCCAGUUUACCAUCUGGCUCAUCUAUACAUCAUCAAAAACUAUACGAAUCACCUGCGACUCAUCCUCCAUCGACCGUAUCUUCCACCACAUUCUUCGGCGGCGGACAGCACAUUGUACGAGUACCCGGAACAAAUGCUGCAGAGCCGGCAGUAUUGUAAGAUGUCGGCUAUGAAGAUCAUUGACAACCACGAGGACCUCUGCUGUAACGACAAGUUGAAGCCUUAUCGCUGGUUCGUGUACGGUCUGGGUGGCUACCAAACGUUUCUGGCAGCGUCGACGCUUGUGGUGCUGCUUGGGUCGGAGGACGACUCGGUCACUUCAGACCGCGCGGAUGUCAUCUACGCUCUUCGAAAAUGUCAAGCACGGUUCGAGCAGCUGUCUCCGCGCAGCGACAUCUCGGCCAAAGCGGCCCGAAUCCUGCGCCGCACGCUUGGUCCCGUCCCGAGUACCAACGGUGGUGCUGGGGGUCCCCUUCAUGACACCCCAAGACUGUACCAUCAGUCCUCGAGCAUUAACGACGAGUCCAAGGUCGUGUACAGUAUGAGCCACCGACACCAAAUAUCCAGCGCUUCCCCCGGCAACCUCCAUGACCACCACCUCCACCACCAGCAACAGCAGCACACAUCAGUCCCACCUGGUCCUGCUGGAUACAACCAGACGGGUUUCACCAGCGGUGACUUUCCCAGUGGUGCCAACGAGGCCGUCACGACAAAAAUGGAACCACCACCUCCGCCGCCAACGUCACAGCACCAACACCAAGUCCAGUACCAGCACGAGCUCCAGCACCAGCACCACCAUCAACAACAGCAACAGCAACAGCCUCCCCCUCAUCCUCACUCCUUCUUCCCCUGCCCACAACCGCUCUACGAGCUGAUGAAUCUCCCCGCGGAGCAGUGGCUGGGCGGCCCCUCCGCGCUGGCCUGGGACUGGAGCAGCUGGGUCGACGUGCCCGAGGCCUCGAUCGCGGGAUCCGACAUGUUCAUGGACACUUCGGCUUCUGGCGUCGUGAUGUGA